UGCAAGUAGUCCAUUGGUCAGCUGGUAUCACGCACUAGAUUGCGGAGGCUCUGCGUUGCUUUAAUGCCAGUGAACGCACAACGCAGCCUGCGCUAUGAGGAGACACGGAGGUGUAGCGUGACGCUCACUUUAACGGAGCACAUGAAACAUACAUGGGAUUAAUAGCUUACGCUACAAAUCUACGAUGCUCUGUAUUCGGAUAUGCUGUCUUAAAACGACGCGGUGACAUGGAUAUCAUCAUUUCUAAACAGUCCAUAAUCCUCAUGAAGGUUAAAGCCCAAAUCCUUCAGCCCAGCAGCAUCUUCAUAACCUACGACAGCUGGAAUUGUGUGAUUCGUGACAUCUCAUCAGCACGAGGGAAGUGACUGGCACGGUGUAAAGCAUCUGAUAUUAUUGCCCCAAGAAGAAUGCUGCAACAGAACAACAACAAUAACUGCUUGGAAAUGGCCCAUCGGGAGCUACUGAAUGAACGCCGAAGAACCAAUGUCUCAUUGAGCAGUGCCCUUGAGUUUGGAGCCAUACCCCUGAUUAAAGGCCUGAGAGCGUGGGCUGUGAGUGGGGGUUACUCUAAAGCCAGGAGAAAGGCUGCUAAUGGAUCUCGGGCACAGAGCACAUGCCAACCGCCUCCUGAAGACAGGGUGGGGCAGAGAAGCUGGUCAGGACAGGUUAGCAGUGGCUAUGGGCACACAUCGGAUGGUACGAAUAGUGCGGCGAGAACUUCAGGGGUCAGGCAAGGCGCCAGCGGUCUUGGUGCUCUUGUAACUGUGGCCACUUUGAAAGGCACUGAGGGGGGUGGCAGGCAGACUCAGACUCGCUGCCUCUUUCUCAAGGCCCAGGGACGAGGCAGCUACAUCUGUGCUGUUGGAAACCGAGGGGCUGGAGCGAGAGUCACAGGUCCACGGACUCACACGGUCAUCCUCGAGGGGUCGAAAGAAGAGCUUAUAUGUUCCUCUAGGGGGCAGAGGGUGAGCCAGGAUGGGACAGACGAGGGAGGAUUAUUCAAGGCCAAGCCCCGGGCCAUAAGAAAAUGGAGGAAGUGCAGUAAAACAACAGGCUCAGCGGAGAGAAGAACAACAGCUCACGGCAGAAAGGAAAUCGCCAAUCAGCACUGUGAGCCGGAACAUGGCGACCAAACAAAUGCAGUCAUUACAGACGUAGCAGCAGGUACAACAAUAACACAAUGCCAGAAAGGGACCAGUGCUAGCUAUCCAAGUCAGGAAGAAAUCAAUGAGUUGGCUCAUUCCCCCGUAUCGGCGAAAACUGCUGCGCCCGAGAGCAUGGACCCACAAACCUGCUGCUCUUCUGACAAAACAUGUGCCAAGCAAGGUGAGCAGGUCAAAGCUGACAUGAGUAUUAAUCAAUCCGAUAACUGUUCUGAAGUAGACGAAGGAUUCAGUCGUGCCAAUGGCGAUGCGCAAGGAGACACUAAGCUUGACUCGAAUAACUCAAACCUAGGAUCACCUGAAUUGGAAAUAAAAUCAACCACAACAAACUGUAGUAGUGAGCCAAGCAUAGAUCAAACUCCCUCUGAAGUCCCUGUCAGCAUUGAGAAGAAUCAAGAAUCCAGGCCGGAUGAGCGCCUAAUGGACCGUGAGAAUCUACAUUCGGUGGAGGAUCGCAAUCUCACAACUCGGAGGGACGGACCUCCGGAAACAAAGAGUACAGUCAUGCUGGAGGGCCGCGCUCCAGUGGGUGUUGAAUGUAGCACUACGAAGAAGAAGAAGUGGAGGUGUUCACCUCAGCAUUGGGAGGAAUUAAUCACGGAGAAUGGGGAACUUGAAGUUCAGCAGUCUGACAAAUCCUCUUCACGAGGCUUUAGCACACCAACAACCAAUAUAACUGUAACCACUAUUCACUCCCAGCCUAAUCCUGCCCCUACCACCACUGCAGCCAUAGCAACAGCCAUCCCAGCAUUAAGCAAUGGGGAGGUGGGGGCUAGAGGUGGAGACUCGCUGCCUCUGGAGAACUCAGAGUUGAUAUCAGAGCUGGCAAGAGUUGACGACGGGGACAAGGUGGCCACUGACGAGGGGUCUCUCGAUGUGGGCGAGGAGGAUGAGGAUGAGUUCGGGGCGUUCAUGCAGGCAGGUGGGAUGGACGGGUUCAGUGACGUCCAACAGUUGGCUGCGAGAGAGGAUUACAACUGUGAGGGAUGCGCAAGUCCCACUGAUGCAAAUGAACCCGCAUCCUGGGCAUCUGAUUGGACGACGGACCAGUCAUUCCAGCAGUCAGAGAGCACAUGGAUUGCCUUCAGCCAGGAGACUGUGGAGCAGAAGACAGUGCCUGGUGGCCAGUGGUGGCCUUCAACCGAACAAAAGCCAAACCUUUCCCUCUCUUCUCUCCAUUAUGUGUCAAAUGUCUUUCUAGAGGCCUUUCCCUCUGACGAGUCUCCCUGUGAAGAUCCUGAAUGCAUUCCUACACUAAAGCAGCUUCUGCAAGGACCAGCUGAAAACAGCAAUAUAGGCGAGCACAAGAAACAGAGCUUACUUGAUGGCCUCCAGGAUCUGGACCGGAUGAUUGGUGUGAAAUAUAAGAGGGCGGAGUCUGUGUCCUGUAAACUCCUCCUUCAGUCACUGCGUUUGGAACGACCCAGCUCUGAAUGUGUGACAGUUCGACUAAAGACCAGUUCCAGGUUUUCUCCAAAUCUCCCAACAUCCAACCAGCAGUUAGCUGCAAAUGCUAAGAGAAGACUGUCAUAUGAUUUCAACAGAAAUAUCAAGACUUAGUCUCUAUAUCUGCUGAAACAUCUUUGACCCAUGCUUCCUUGAAAUAGGAAAUUCAGCGGAGAGUAAUAAUACUGAAUUUCCCUGGAUGUUUAUUUAACGUGUGUCUGUUCUCACUCAAUGUCUGGUAUAUUCUGUUUCUCAUUCAGCUGUGUAUCCAGAAACACAAGAUUUGCGUUCAGACAAAUAUGUUUUUUCAGUAUAUCAGCAUAUUAGGGUUCAAUUAGGACAAAUAUACUCAAAUGUCAAGUAAAAAAAAAGAGAAAAAAAACUUUGUCUAAUUGUUAAGUUCAGGUGUAAGGAGACUUGUGCAGCAUUGAAUCUGGUUAUUGGACCUAUUUUUAUCAAAUAUCACAGUAUGCUGUUUUUGUAUUGCUUUCAAUCUAUGUAUUACAUCUGCUAGGAGAAGCUUAUUUUGCUGGAGCCAUGGCGAACCUGUACAUUCAAAUAUGGAAUCAAAAAAUAUAUAUAUUUUGAUGUGGGGAGAGAGAAAGAUUACAAUUACUUUCUGCCCUCAAAAAGCUCUCCUUUACCUGAAAAUUGUCAAAAGCUAGCAAAUUUCCACAAAAUGUAUUUUCAUACACCACCUCACCGAGAAAUCCAUUUUCUUGUUUCCAUGUCUUUUCUCCCUGUGAUUGAAGUACUAAAUAUGACACUAUAGUGUACCAUUUUUAACUCCUGAAGAAUAGAGACCAUAUUUUCAGAAGUGUUUUAAAAUGAAUGUUAACAUUUUCAAUUGAUCCUGUAAGCUUGUUUGUUGAUUGAUGUAAUUAAAACACCUUUAAUGACUGAAUGAAGCGGAUAA